AUGGCCUCCUUUCGUGGCAUGGUCGUUGUAAUUGCUGGGUCCGCCUCCGGUAUGGGCCUUGCCACAUCCAUGACACUGUUGUCCGAAGGAGCAAAAGUAGGGAUGUGUGACUUGAACGGGCCAGGCCUUGAGAAAAUAUUCAACAAUCUGGAACCGGAAGCCCAGAGCCGAGUUUUCAUCAAGGGAGUUGACGUUACCGACCGCUCAUCCGUUAAAGAGUUUCUGGGCGAAACCAAGUCGCGCUUCAAAAAGAUUGACGGAGUUGCCAAUUUUGCAGGCACCGGCGGCCACGAGCUCGGUACUGAAUCUGUCUGGGAAACAAGCAACGAGGAAUUCGACUUCAUCGUGAACCUCAACAUCAGGGGCGCAUUCAACGUCCUUGCGGAAGCGCUUAGACCUGGAGUUUUGGCACAUGGCGGAAGUUUUGUUCAUGUCGGAAGCAUGUUUUCACUUCAAGGCUUUCUCAGAGGUGCUGUUUUCGCUGCUUCCAAACACGCUUCACUAGGUAUGGUGAGGAGUGCGGCCAAGGAGGUUGGUGACAGGGCUAGAGUCAACCGGUGUCGGUGUCAUGACAUUACAGAGCCUACGAAAUUUUCAUGA